CACAAGCUACUUGCCAUUUCAAUCAAACACACUUCAUCCAUCCUCGAUAAAAUUGAAGAAAAAUCCAUAAAAAUCUUUGUAAAAUCGAAAAUUAAACAAUUCGAGCUUUAUUAAUUAAAGUGUGCUUUUGUGGAAGUCGUGACAAACUUUAAGCGAAUAAUAAUAGUGUAUUAUCUAUAGCAGGACUAAUUUAAAAGAAGGCCCGUUUACAAGGUCGAUACGAAUAAAGAGUGCCACAUGAAGUGUUAUUUUGAUUUGAGAAGGAACAAUAAAUUAAAAUAAUAUUGCUCUUGAUUGAUGCGAUAUAUGCAAUACGAAAUGAAAACGUAGUCAACAAACCUGAAUGGAAAUCUUAAAUACCAUCAUAUUUUUUUGGGGUUGUGGAUUUUUGAAGUUCACUGAUUGAAUUACCAUUUGUCGUGAAGUACGAGUACUCGUGGAUUCGUGGAUUCGUUGAUUGAAACGAUCCUAGUUUGUGGAUAUUAAGCAAGAAAGAGUGAAAAGUGGGAGCGAGCGAAGAAGCUGUUCGCCCUUGUCAAAUUGCAAAUUGUAUAGGGUAAAGUGGAUAGUGCCGUGUCGCUGGUUGCUCGUUGCUGUUUGCUCGUUUAUGUGAUUCGUUGAGUCAGUCGUCGGGUAAUUUUCAUUCGUGCGGUUGUCUUUGAAUUGAUAGUUGGUGUUUGUCUAUUAUAUUAGCUAAAAUUUGCAUAUUAAAAAAGCGAGUUUUGAUUUAGUUUAUUUUUUUAAAUUAUCCAAAGAAAUAUUUUGGAAAACACUCCCGAUUUUUUCUUGUCUCCGUGUUAGUAAAAAGCCGUCAAAAUUGAAUCCACGAAGAUUGACGAGACUUUUUCCUCCUCUUCGACUGCGAUGGAGGAUAAAGCAACAACAAAAGAUCUGGAUCAAUGGAUUGAGCAGUUGAACGAAUGCAAUCAAUUGACGGAAACACAAGUGCGAACCUUGUGCGAUAAGGCGAAGGAGAUCCUUUCAAAGGAAUCAAAUGUUCAGGAGGUGAAAUGUCCGGUCACAGUGUGUGGAGAUGUACACGGACAGUUUCAUGACUUAAUGGAACUCUUCCGGAUAGGCGGCAAAUCUCCCGACACAAAUUACUUGUUUAUGGGUGAUUAUGUUGAUCGUGGGUACUAUUCGGUGGAAACGGUCACUUUGCUUGUGGCAUUAAAAGUACGUUAUCGGGAAAGAAUUACAAUUCUGCGCGGCAACCAUGAGUCCCGACAAAUUACGCAAGUUUACGGAUUCUACGAUGAAUGCCUGCGAAAGUAUGGAAAUGCAAACGUUUGGAAGUAUUUUACCGAUCUGUUUGAUUACUUACCACUGACGGCAUUAGUCGAUGGCCAAAUAUUUUGUUUACAUGGCGGUCUCAGUCCAUCAAUCGACAGUUUGGAUCAUAUCCGUGCUCUGGAUCGACUUCAAGAGGUGCCACACGAGGGCCCCAUGUGCGAUUUACUGUGGUCCGAUCCUGACGACAGGGGCGGCUGGGGCAUUUCACCACGUGGUGCCGGCUACACAUUUGGUCAGGAUAUUUCGGAAACGUUCAACAAUACAAAUGGACUGACACUGGUAUCACGCGCUCAUCAGUUGGUCAUGGAAGGAUACAAUUGGUGCCAUGAUCGGAAUGUUGUUACAAUAUUCUCUGCGCCAAAUUAUUGCUAUCGCUGCGGUAAUCAAGCGGCUCUAAUGGAAUUAGAUGAUUCACUUAAGUUUUCAUUCCUACAAUUUGACCCAGCACCUCGUCGUGGUGAACCACACGUCACACGAAGAACACCAGAUUAUUUCCUAUAAGAGAAUUCUUCACACAUUUACAUAUAUUAUACAUACAUUUAUAUAAAUGCAAAAAAAAGGUCAGCAGAAAAGGCAACAAAUACAAAAUUAUUUAUAUAAAUUUAAUUCCAACCAUAAGAAAUGAAGGAAACAAUAAAAAAUAAGUAAAAUCAAUGUAGUUGAAGUAAAAGGAAAUAACUGAAUGUAACACCAGAUGUUAGCAGAUAUACUGAUCGGAAGAUGACAAUUUGCUUGCUGAAAUGGGUGAGACUACAAACGGUAUUAGACGCGAUAUAUUAUAAGGCAACAGCAGACUUGAAAGAAAGAAACCUAUAAAUAUGUGUUUACUUUGUAGGCGGUAGUUUGAGGCUUACAAGAGGCAGCCAAAAUGCAACAAAUUAUGAAUGGGGGAAAGCCUUAGUAAGUGCAAACGAAAACUCCAAAUAUUAUGCACUCUUUAUUUAAAAUUAAAAACAUUUGCUCGGAUAGACUCACAUUCGACCAUCAUUUCUCUAGAAGAAAAAACGCGAAGUAAUCACCGUUAAAGAGGAAAAGCGAAGAUAACAGAAAUGAAUAUAUUUAAUAUUCAAACAUUAAUGCAACUAAAAAAAUACGUUACGCAGUGAAGCCGAUAAAAUACAUAAAUACACAAAGUAAACUAAUAAAUUAAAUUCGUAAUUUAAUACAAAACAAAUUUAAAUUAAAAUUUUUAAGAAAGAUAUAAUUUCUAGAAAUCGUGUAUAGACAUAACCUUUACGCCCAAUUAAAUUAUUCAAGGAUAAAAUAGGAUCAUUGUCUUUAGAUGCGAAAAUAAAAACUAUGGCAAAAAAAAAAUAAAA